AAAAACACGCCUGGAUCAAAACACCUCAGUAUAAGACCCACGCGUUGCGGGUUACAGCUGCUUAUUUGUUUUCGGAGUGUCUCAUCGAACGGACCAAUAUCUUGGCGUGCAGUGAACUGCUAUAAACGAUAAACGAUAAACGAUACUUUCACUAUCGACCGACUGACUCGCUCGGAACGCACCCAUCGAUCCAUGAAACGUUAUUCUCAAGGAUAAAUAGUUUGGUCGGGUUCGUCGCGUGUGGUUUAGGUGGAGCGUAGAUUUUUAUCUGGAACAGUGUCAGUGGACUCCAGUCACCGAGAUCAGGAGAACAAAUUAUGAAGAGUUUAUUAUUGCUGAUCCCUCUCGUAGGGCUCCUGUCACUGGCCGGUGCCCAGUAUGGACCACCACCACCCCGGAUCAACAUCCCCGGAGCGAUUCCGCUGCCCGUUGUACGUGGUGUACCGAUUCGUGAGGAACGAGUGUUAUCCCACUCGGGCCCUGUGCUGCGAGUGCGCCGACCGGGUGCAAUCCGUCCUUCGAUACCAAACUCGAUACCCAUUUCUACCCCCAAAUUCCUGGCGCCAGAAGCUAAACCCGUUACCGAAGACCAUGAGGACCACGAAAAUUCCCAACCAUUCGUCCCGAUUAUCCACACCUCACCCGCUCCCCAACAGCACUCCAUUCCUGAUGAUUUUGACGAACGUGAAAUUCAACAGAACAUCCUUUCCCGCUUCAACUCACAGGAUAACCGGCCUGCUCCAGUACCCCGGGCCCAGAUUCCCGAGCGAUUCUUCUCGACGGACAAGGAUGUCUCCACCAAUGCACAGCGUUUUGCCAUAGCACCGGAACGACCUUCUGCUCCGGUCCCCGCACCAAAGCAGUACCGUCCGGCACCACAGCAAGUCAUCUCUAGACCAACUCCUGCGCGUCAGCAACAGCAUUUCGACGAAGACCGACCACACACCCGACAGCAAGCCGAAGAUGAACGCCGUCGCAAACCCGUGGCACAGAUUCUGAGAAAAUGGCGUGAGGAACACGAAGAUGGUUCCAUUACCUGGGGCUUUGAGAAUGAUGACGGUUCUUUCAAGGAGGAAACUAUCGGAAUUGACUGUGUCACUCGUGGAAGCUACGGCUACGUCGAUCCUGAUGGCGAAAAGCGCGAAUACAGCUACGAAACAGGUAUCCUGUGUGAUCCCAACAAACGUGACGAGGAAGAUGAGGAAGAAUUGGAGGAAGAGAUUCGCAACGCUGGCAAAACGAAACGACCUGCCCAGGCACAGUACAAUAGAAAUUAAGACUUAUUUUUUUUGUAAAAUCUAACGUGACGGAAAACUUUCCCUUUGGAAAAUUCGCUAAAUUCAAUCAUCGUUUCAUUCGUCAUUAGGAUUGUAUUUAUUUUACUUGUACGACUUAAGAUGUCUAAUAAAGAGAAGGAAAUAUGCUUCCUAUUUUAUAAAA